AUAGACAAAACUCCAUGGUGUGAAUUUACUUAAUUAUUGAGACAGGUUUUAUCGACCAAUUUUAGAAGCAUGCUUGAUAUCUGAAUAUUACGUUUCACCCUAUUUUCAGAAAAUGGUUUGUCCCUGUGUUAUCAGUUUAUCAGUGAAACAUUUAGCCAACUAGUAUAUACAUGUGGGUAUUUUACUUGACUAAAUACUUUGUACUUUAGUGUAAUUUAAAUAGGAUUGUGGGCGUAAACAGCCAUAAUAAUUCAGCUUUUGCAAGGAUGAAGUUUAGGAUAGUUUUUAAUUUACUAACUGAAAGCUUUGUCUUUUCUUAUAAUUACUCAUAUUCAGAUUAUAAUUGUAUUAAAUAAGUAGCUUAUCGAUCAAAGACCACAUCACAAUAUCUAUAGCAAGAUGGCAACUUCUGUGGGCUCAGUUCAUAGCAGUUCAGAUUUAGUUAAGGACUAUGUUUGUUUCGCCUGCGAAGGUAAAAAUAUUGAAGAAAGUGCUGAUUACUUUUGUGAAACGUGUGUGAAGUUUUUCUGCGGAAAAUGCGUUUAUCAACAUGACCAAUUUUAUACAAAUCAUUCCAAAUAUGGAAGAGAAGAGACAAAUAAAUGGCCUCUAACAAAGAAAAUCGAGGAUUUGCUACUGAAAUGUGAUGUCCACAAGGACAAGAAACUGGGGAUGUUUUGCGAGGACCACAGUCAGCUGUGUUGCACGAAUUGUGUUUUACUGAAUCACAGACAGUGUACAAAUGUCAAGCUAAUUUCUGAGUCAGUCAACAAGAUGUCGGUGGAUAUGCAACAGUUGUCAAGCAAUCUUCAAACUAUUCUUGAUGAACUUAAUAAGUUUAAGAGUUCUCAAGAUGUCAGCAUUAAGUCCGUUGAGGUAUCAUACAGUGAAAAGCUGCAAGAAAUCCGAAACCAGCGAAAGAAAUUGAAUGCUGCUUUGGAUGCACUAGAAAAUACAACCUUGGCAGAACUCAAUGAACUUAGGACCACGUUGCAAGCUGCUCUUAAGAAAGAUGUUGACAACUGCAACAGACUGAAGGAUGAACUGAAACAACUGAGGGAAGCUGUACAGGGCCUUUUUGAUAAGAGCAAGAAAGAGCUUGAGUUCAUAGCCAGCAGAAAAUGUCUGGACAAAAUACAAGAGUCUGAGUCAUAUCUGAAGCAUAACUCCGUGAAGAUGCAGAGUUCAAUUAUAUUCGAGGCAAACAUUGAUAUUGAGAAGUACCUGUCCCAACAGGCAAAUCUAGGGAGAAUUGUAGAGAGUAUGCUGUCCCUCACACUCAAUAUGAAUCCAGACCAGGUCUUGAAUGUGAAGAGCAAAUCUGAGUAUAGUGUGAGAAUGUCAAAUAAUUCUAACCACAUCAGUGGCAUUUGCUGCCUGCCUAGUGGCCAGGUCAUUGUUAUAGAUCAUUAUAAUACAAAAGUGUGGCUGUUGGAUCAGCAUUACAAUGUGGCCAGCCACUGUGAUGUUACUAAUAACCCAUAUAGUAUUUGCCAAAUCACUUCCAGUGAGGUGGCUGUAAAUGUUGGCAGUGAUGUGCAGUUUAUCUCUGUGAGCAAUGGGCAACUGGUGAAUGGGAGGAAGUUUCAGUUACAGCAUGCAGCUUCAGGUAUUAGCCACCAUCAGGGAGCAUUGUAUAUCACCUCUGCCACUGCCCUGUACCACUACACCCUUACUGGAUCACUUGUGAAAAAGCUGUACGAGGAUGCAAGUGGCUCUCAUACAGUGUACAGAUGUGCAGUGAGUCCUGCUGGGGACAGGAUCUAUGUCACCAAUAAUCCGCAACACAAACUCAUCACUCUGGCUACAGAUGGCGCCCUGAUAUCCACCUUCAUGGACCCUGAACUGCAAUACCCAUGGGGUGUUCAUGUUACACCUUAUGGACAAGUGCUAGUGUGUGGACAUAUCUCCCAUACUGUCAUGCAGGUGGAUCGUGAGGGAAGUAAGAAACUGGCAACUCUGAUAUCAAAAUCAGAUGGAACAGUACUGAAGGAUGAACUUAAACAACUCAGUAAAGCUGUACAGGGCCUUUGUGAUAAGAGCAAGAAUGAACUAGAGUUCCUAGCCAGCAGAAAAUGUCUGGACAAAAUACAAGAGUCUGAGUCAUAUCUGAAGGAGAACCCAGUGAAGAUGCAGAGUUCAAUAAUGUUUACGUCAAACAUCGAUAUUGAGAAAUAUCUGUUUCAACAGACAAGUCUUGGGAAGUUUUUUGAGAGCAAGCAGUCUCUUACGCUCAAGAUAAGUCCCCACCAGAUCUUGAAUGUGAAUAGCAAAUCUGAGUAUAGUGUGAGAAUGUCAAGUGACACAAAUAAGCCUUACCAGAUCAAUGGUAUUUGCUGCCUGCCUUGUGGUCAGGUUAUUGUUAUAGAUAAUUAUAUUUACAAAGUGAAACUGUUGGAUCAGCAUUACAAUGUGACCAGCCACUGUGAUGUUACUGGUAACCCAAAAAGUAUUUGCCAAAUCACUUCAAGUGAGGUGGCUGUUGCUGUUACUAGAGCUGUGCAGUUUAUCUCUGUGAGCAAUGGGCAACUGGUGACUGGGAGGAAGUUUCAGUUACAGCAUGCAGCUUCAGGUAUUAGCCACCAUCAGGGAGCAUUGUUUAUCACCUCUUGCACUGCCCUGUACCACUACACCCAUACUGGAGCACUUGUGAAAAAGCUGUACGAGGAUUCAAGUGGCUCUCAUACAGUGUACAGAUGUGCAGUGAGUCCUGCUGGGGACAGGAUCUAUGUCACCAACCACUCGCAACACAAACUCAUCACUCUGGCUACAGAUGGCACCCUGAUAUCCACCUUCAUGGACCCUGAACUAAUACAGCCAUGGGGUGUUCAUGUUACGCCUUCUGGACAAGUACUGGUGUGUGGACUCAGCUCCUUGACCGUCAUGCAGGUGGAUCGUGAGGGAAGUAAGAGACUGGCAACUCUGAUAUCAAACGAAGAUGGAGUGAGAAGUCCAAUAUCUGUCUGCUACAACACCAACAAUUUCCAGAUCCUUGUUGGGCUAUAA